GUUAGUCUGUGAGUUUCUCUUGUGCGGCAAAGACUCGCAUGUCUUUGCGUGGAACUUUAUACAGAAAUCGUUUCGUUAUUGUUCGAUAAUAUACGGUGACGUUGUUUUUGCCAAAGUCAAUCGACAAGAAAUAAAAAUUUAAUAAAAAAAGGAAAUCGAAUUGUGCAAGAGUGAGUUUGAGCUGUGUGUAGUACAUAUUUCGACAUUGUCUGAUUGUCAGAAAAGUCGGUAAUACAACGUACAAAAAGAUGUGAAUUUUCGUUUUGUUAUUUUUCCAUCGAAAAUAUAGUAACGAAAAAUUGGAUGAUGAAUGGAUGAGAUUAGAUUGCCCUAGAUAUUCAUCGUGUGAUCCGAAAAGUUGUAAAUAACAUGGUUGCACAAUGAAACCGCACAAUAACAACUUACCACUGAGAUAAUGAAGAGGUUUUCUCUGCAGAAGUGUUUUUCCAUUUGUAUUGAGUGAAAAGUGAUUUCCAUGUGAGUAAAUUACAAUUUUUAGAAUAGAAACGAGACAGAAAGAAAAUGGUAAAUGCUCAUCAAUUACCCGGUCUGCUGCUGCUACUCUUAUGUUUCGGAUUAUCUGAUCAGCAACAAGAUCAAAAUUACUUCUUUCCACAACAGCAAGGACGAUUUACACCGUCGUCAUUUCAAAAUUCACGUAAUGGAUUUUUCGCAACCGAUAAUGGCCAACAACAAAAUGCACCCGGAUCAUAUCAAGAGCAACGUUUGUAUUUAGGCGGUGAUGAGCAACAGCAGGAUACCACCGACGGAUAUUUUCCAUUUACAUCAUUUGCUCCACGACAAGCCGAUUAUUACGAAAUAUCACCAAGGCCGUUUACCAUACAAACACCGUCGAACAAUGGUUUAUAUGCGCGGCCUCCACCUAGACCAUCAUCUGGAUAUCAACAAGACCGAAAUGUUUACCGAGAAACAUCUCAACAACAACAACAGCCAACACAACAACUUAUUGAUCCGUAUGCGAGCAACAUUCGACAACAGCAACCGGAAUCGAUAACCGAAAAGCAAUUAUUUGGUCUGCCUCAAUCGCAGCGAUCACGUCAAUUUGCUAGCCACAAAAAUGUCCAACAGACCGGAUUCAUACCUACAGUGUCUGUUCCACAGCAAGCUAUUCAAACGUCUUCGAACGGCGAACAGCAAAACAAUAAAUUUUAUCGCAACCAACCAAACAGCAAGAAACCGAAUGAGUACGUAACUAGUCACGAAUCAUCACUUAGGAGUAGAAAUCGUUUUCAACCAGUCGAAUAUAGUACAACACCGGCGGCAGUUUCUGCAAGCACUACACGCAAAGUGAGAUUCAAUCCAUGGCGUUCAACGACUGUGGCUAGCCAGGUACCAGUAGCCCAAGCGCAAGUUAUCAAUGCCCAUGGUUUGCAAAAUCUGCCCAGACAGCCGUUAUAUGGUAAUAAGGAACGAGGUGUCAGCAUUACAACGAACAAUGUGAAACAAUCGUUUGAUACUGCUAGUGUUACCACCAACAAGAAGAAUGAAGACGAACUUGAAGAUGACAAUAUGAAGGAUAUAUUGGACGACAUAGACGACUAUUAUUACGAUAGUGACAAGGAAAACGUCAGAGAACCUGUCCGUCAGAGUCCCAACGAUUCAGCGGUUAAUUCUGCCGGUUUUGUAAGACAAAAUGCUCAGUUAGUUGAUGAGAUUGAGACAGCCAACAAAAAUGGUGAUGAAAGGGAAGAAGAUAAGAAAGAAGACACGGAACAGAAAAGAAAUGUUGAAUCUACAGAAAACCCUGUAGAAAAGGAAGAAAUUAAAGAGGAUGGUCCGGUAAUACUUCACUCAAAUUUCUAUCUACCCGGAAAUGCUGGUAACAACGAAGAAGAACAAGACGAGGAAGAUGUGGUUGACCCCACUCGAGCUGUUGCUAAGGAUGCAACUGAUCAGGGAUACGAAUAUGAGUACGAGUACCUCGACUACGAAGAUCAGGCUGUUAAUGCUACACCAGUUACGUUGACAAAUUCAAGCCGAGAAUCAGUUCUUGACGAUGUUUUAAUGUCUGACGAGGUGAACACAAACGAUACUAAAAAAGACGAAGUCGUUGGUGAAGCGGUUGUAUCAGUCGUAACAACGAAAAGUGUCAUAAAUGGUUCAACAUCGAAUCCCGACGAAAACUUCGAAUAUUCAAAUGAAGAAACCGAACUCCGAACUAGCACUCCAGACAUGGAAAAUGUAACCAAUUCAACCGAAAGCUGGGUUGUUGUGGCAUCAGUGCAGACAAGCAGAAGUGUGUCAGGAGCUAGAUUUUUGCCAUUUCCACAGGUUGAGCAAGAGGAAAAGAAGCAGAUUUUAUCCGAACUAGAUGAAGCUAUCAAAGAAGACGUGGAGUCGGAGUAUACACUCGAUGAAGAUGUCACGACGAUUCCGAGUAUCGAAAGCAUUUUCGAUAUAGAAACAACUACAGAAGCUGAAAACUAUCCAACCGUAUCGUCCACACAUGUAUCCGGUUCGGCAACUGAUCACGCAUCGAAUGUUUCGCAUUCCACCGAAAGUAUUAUUGACAAACUUGAUAGAGUUCAAUCCGAGUUAUCGAGUGGAUUACUUUCGGGCAAAUAUCCAAUUUUAAACGAAAUGCAAGCCGACAUUACAACUACUUCACUACCAGUAGUUAUCCGAAAAUUCAGUCCGAGAACAUCGACAGUAAGAACAACGACAACGAGAGCAACCACUACAACAACUACCACCACCACCAAAGCGCCAGAUCAGAAAAUUUCAUUCGAAUCACUGCCAAUGGAUGAUUUAACGGCGGGUUUGCUUCCAUUUGAAUUUAAGCCUAGGAGCAAUAGUUAUCGCAAUAAGAAAAUCACUACGACCACUUCGACUACAGCUCGCUCGAUAUUAGACGAACAAGGACGUUCAAACAAUGUUUCACGAUCCUUCAAAAGCAAUCCCAACGAACAAGAUUUGGCUUUGGCUGCUCUAUUGCCAAAAGAUUACAAAUUAAAUGCAACGCCAGAACCAAUAUUACUAACGAACAAAACCAAAUUGUCGGAACUCAUUUCAAAAAUCAAAUUGGACAAUGAGGAUACUUCCAAGAAGACCACAAAGUCGCCAUUUGUGACUGUGACGGAGAGCAUCGACAAAUUCCUUCCGCCCGGAUAUAAAUUGAGAACAACAACGCCGAAAAUGCCAGCUACAGUUAAAGACGCUGUUGACUUGAGUAAAUUCCUUCCGCCAGGCUACAAACCUCCUAAAGAAGAAUCUGCAACCAAAAAACCGUCUGCAUUCAUCCCCGUGCCAGACGAUAUCAGCAAAUUUCUUCCACCAGGAUACAAGCCACCUCCAGGUGAAAGCGUUGCGCCAGCUGUAAUCCCAAUCGCCGAUGAUGUUCUCAGUAAACUUCUUCCACCCGGUUACAAAGAACCAACGCCCGAAAAGAAGCCUGAUUUGCCGAAAAUUCAUAAGUUCAGCGAUGACGGCACCAAUGCAGAUCCGGACGCGGAUAGCAUUUUGAGCAAAAUCAAAUUUGCCGACGUGUCUGCAUUACUUCCACCAGGAUUUAAGCCUGAAGAAGCGUCUACAACCAUCAAGCCAACAACAAAGACUUCAUCCAGUUUUAAGGUGGUUUUCCCAAAAAGUCUAGGAAAGCGACCGACUCCCAGAACUACAACGCAGAAGCCUGCAGGAUCGGGAUCCGGACACGGACACGGACACGCCGAGGGACCUGAACAAACGGAAGUUACAAUUAGGAAAGGUUUUCCGACAAGAGCUACGACCGAAUUUACUGGGUGGCCAUCCCCGCCAACAACACCAAUCUCUAUCGAAGAAAUACUUCGACAACAAGGUGCCCAGUCCAUCGAUAUAUCCGAAUUGCUAGGAUCAACAUCAACAACAACAACCAGCACAACAACGACGACAACAACAACUACAACGACCACAACGGUGAAACCGACUCAGCCCGGUCAUUGUCAUUCCGACUGUGAUAUGGCAGGAACCAUAAAAAUUGUGGAUGGUGUUAAGUGGACGCCAGAGCUAUUGGAUCACAAUACCAAUGAGUGGAAAACAUUGGCGAAAGAAGUUGAGAAACGGCUGAACGACGUAUACGAGAAUUCUCGGGACUUGAAACAAUGGUUCCGUAAAGUUCGCAUCGAUAGCUUCAGCAAGGGCAGUGUGCUCGUUGACUAUUUCGUCGAGUUAUCCGUUCCGGAAGACAAGCAUAUCAGCACAAUAGAAAUGAAGAAAAUGUUCCACGAAGCCCUGAAAGUAGCUCCCAUGAAAGUGGAACCGUUAACGGAAAUUGAUGAUUUCGAUGAAGACAUUGAUUGGCCGUCGUCCACAUCCAAGCCGGUUAUAAAGGAAACGUAUCUAUUGGGUCAAUUCAAAUUGGAUCCGGUUUCAACGGACUUUAUUGUUAUACCCAAGCCAAUUCUGCCAACCAUUCAAUAUGCUGAAACAUCAUUUUUGCCGCAAUGGGCCAUUGCUGUGAUAGUCAUUGGAAUGGCAUCCCUGUUGUUCGUCAUUGUGUUUGGUGUUUCGGUGCUGCUCAACCGACAGAAACGCUCGAAAAAACGAGCUCCACAGCCAUUGACAGCAGACAUGCUGAACGAACUGAAUAAGAAUCACAUGGGCGGAUUUGAAAAUUACGGUCGCGACGAUUUCUAUAAUCCAGAGGAUACAUGGAGCGACACAAAACAUCCGAUUAAGCCGAAGCGAUUCACGAACUCUAUGCACGGUUCGAGUUCAAAUAUAUACGACAGCUGGCGAUCAUCGCGCAAGCACAAAGAACCGCAACAACAACCACACCAGCAACAGCAGCCACAUUAUUACGAUAGCCAUCACUAUCCGCAAAAGAGCGUAUCAUAUCCGCCAAAUGAUUUGUACAACAUGGAUCCGCAUCAUCCGAAUGCGAUGGGGAUGUACACGUACAAUCCGCGACGAUAUCAUCACGACUAUAACGCCGAAUUUUGAUGACAAUUUAUUUUUUACUUUAAAUUAAUUUAAUUUAUGUUGUUUGUAGUGCGGCUGGUGUGAUUGAGCGACGUGUGAAUUAUAUUCGUUCAAUAAAACAAAAAAAAAUUGAAUGAGACGA